CCGCCCGCCCCGGCCGCCCGCCCGCCCCGCCCGCGCGCCCGCCGCCCCCGGCCCCCCGGGUCCCCCCUCGGCCGGGCAGCCCCCAAUCCCGCGCCGCCCGGACCCCCUCCUCUUCCCUCCCUCCUCCCCCCGCCCCCUCCCCGCGGGACUCCGGCGUCCCCCCCCCCCAGUCCUCCCCUCCCCUCCAGCAUGGUGCUCGCGGCCCCGCUGCUGCUGGGCUUCCUGCUCCUCGCCCUGGAGCUGCGGCCCCGGGGGGAGGCGGCCGAGGGCCCCGCGGCGGCGGCGGCGGCGGCGGCGGCGGCGGCGGCGGCGGCAGGGGUCGUGGGGGAGCGCUCCAGCCGGCCAGCCGCGUCCGUAGCGCCCGAGCCGGACGGCUGCCCCGUGUGCGUGUGGCGGCAGCACAGCCGCGAGCUGCGCCUGGAGAGCAUCAAGUCGCAGAUCUUGAGCAAACUGCGGCUCAAGGAGGCGCCCAACAUCAGCCGCGAGGUGGUGAAGCAGCUGCUGCCCAAGGCGCCGCCGCUGCAGCAGAUCCUGGACCUACACGACUUCCAGGGCGACGCGCUGCAGCCCGAGGACUUCCUGGAGGAGGACGAGUACCACGCCACUACCGAGACCAUCAUUAGCAUGGCCCAGGAAACGGACCCAGCAGUACAGACAGAUGGCAGCCCUCUCUGCUGCCAUUUUCACUUCAGCCCCAAGGUGAUGUUCACAAAGGUACUGAAGGCCCAGCUGUGGGUGUACCUACGGCCUGUACCCCGCCCAGCCACAGUCUACCUGCAGAUCUUGCGUCUAAAACCCCUAACUGGGGAAGGGACCGCAGGGGGAGGGGGCGGAAGCCGGCGUCACAUCCGUAUCCGCUCACUGAAGAUAGAGCUGCACUCACGCUCAGGCCAUUGGCAGAGCAUCGACUUCAAGCAAGUGCUACACAGCUGGUUCCGCCAGCCACAGAGCAACUGGGGCAUCGAGAUCAACGCCUUUGAUCCCAGUGGCACAGACCUGGCUGUCACCUCUCUGGGGCCGGGAGCUGAGGGGCUGCAUCCUUUCAUGGAGCUUCGAGUCCUAGAGAACACAAAACGUUCCCGACGGAACCUGGGUCUGGACUGCGACGAGCACUCAAGUGAGUCCCGCUGCUGCCGAUAUCCCCUCACAGUGGACUUUGAGGCUUUCGGCUGGGACUGGAUCAUCGCACCUAAGCGCUACAAAGCCAACUACUGCUCCGGCCAGUGCGAGUACAUGUUCAUGCAAAAAUAUCCACAUACCCACUUGGUGCAACAGGCCAAUCCAAGAGGCUCUGCUGGGCCUUGUUGUACCCCCACCAAGAUGUCCCCAAUCAACAUGCUCUACUUCAAUGACAAGCAGCAGAUUAUCUACGGCAAGAUCCCUGGCAUGGUGGUGGAUCGCUGUGGCUGCUCUUAAGGUGGGGGAUAAAGGAUGCCUCCCCACAGACCCUACCCCAAGACCCCAGCCCUGUCCCCAUCCGCCCCAAGCCCUAGAGUUCCCUCCACUCUUCCCGUGAACAUCACACCUUGUUCCCUGACCAAGCAGUGUGCAAUACAACAGAGAGAGGCAGGUGGGAAUUGAGGGGUGAGGGGUUUGGGGGAAAGGGGAAGGAGGGGCAUAGUCAGGGUGGGAGUGUUUGAAGUUUGCAAAUGAGAAGGUUUGACCAGAAGACAGAGAGAUGUAGAGACAGAGGGAUAGAGACAGAGGAGCAAAAAGAGCAGCAGUGAGAAGGCAAAGAGAGAGAGAAGAGACAGACUAGGCAGAGACAAAACACUGAGAGAGACUGAAAUGGAGUAAUAAAUGAAAGCCCCACACCAAGCCUCCUUUCUUCCACUGGCAAGGUGAAGGGCUUGGUAUAGUUUGGGGAGAUUCCCUGACUACUCGUAGGAGAAGAAAUCAAAAAUCCAUUCUUUCUUCCUUCUCUUCCUCCAACAGUGGCCAGAGGAAGGGAAGUAAGGGCAGGGGCAAAAGGAUUUGGGAAUUUUUAUUUAUUUAUUUAUUGUGACUUUUCAUUUUUUUUGGUAUUUGGCUUUACUGGAAUAGGAGGGCCCCUGCCCACUGUGCCCCAUUUAUCCCUUAUUCCCCAAACCUUGCACUCCCCAACACCUGCCCACUUAAGCACUUGUAUAAAGCCUCCAGGGUUGGGAAUGGGAGUAAAGGGCAAGAGGGCUGACACAUGGAAGUUUCUAACCCAUAAUCACCCUAACUCAAACCUUUUCUGAGCCAAAUGAGUUGAAUUGAAGCCACUUGUCAUGGAAAUAGUAAGAGGUUAGGGUUGAAGAGCUGGGGAUGCAGGAUGGGAGAGAACCCUCAACAUCCAGGAUCUAUAUGAGAGCUACUUUAAACCCCAAGGCCUACCCUCAUGAUACUGAGUUAUUUAGCCAGAGGGUACAGCCUGUUUAUGCCCAAAUUCCCUCAGCCAAGAGAGAGACCAAAGAGCCUCUGGAAUGGCCCUGCUCCCAGCCUCUAUCUUCAGGUCAGUAAGAAAGUAUAGAGACCCCAGAGUCCCCUGGGUAUGGGAAGCGAUAGGAGGGGUCAAGAAAGGAGCAGUAAGGAGGCUGAAGGUUACAGGGCAUUUGAAUCCAAAUCACUGCUCUGGGCUAGGGAAUAGAGCCAGCAGACCAAGGUGGGAGGGAUUCUGGAAGGGGGACAUUUUCGUCCCCUAAUCCCAAAGCUCAGGGUGGAAGAAGGAAGAACAAGGAAGCAGAGCGUAUAAUUAUUUUUUCCUUUUAUUUUUGGAAUCUAACAGUACCUGGCAGCAGGGAGGGGAAAGUACAGUGGGGAAAAGCAUCUGACAAGGCCAGUUAGAACAGAGGAUGGGACGGAUGGGAGACUCUUGGGUUUGGAAGGCUAGGAAGCAGGCAGAGACUGGUUGCCAUUUCAAGUCACUAGCUAGGGCCAUUCAUUCCUUUCACAAUCCUGACCCAUUCUCCUCUGGACUCACUGUGCCUCAGUUUCUUCCCCUCAAUGGAAUGAGAAAUAGCAGCACCCGCCACAGCCAAGAGAUGAAUUCUGAGCACUUACCACGGGCACUUUAUGGACAUAAAAUACCUCUCGCUGUGGGACAGAUAACCAGGGCACCAGAGUAGUGGUGAAGAGAUGUGAGGCUUAAGAGGAGUCACAGGCUUCAGAGUACAAGUUCCCCUCUGCCUCCCAGCUGGACAGUGCCUAGAAGCCAAGGAGUUGAGAAUCUCCUGAUCCACACCCUACCCUUACUUUCCCACCAGGCCUCUUGGCUCCAGGCAAGAGCUUAGAGGAUGUCAGGAGAGGUGGGGGUAAGAACCUUCAGCAAAACUGUCACUCUAAGUAAAGCCAGCAGUUACGGGUCUGAUAAAAACAGUACUGAACUAAAGUAAAGCCCAAGCUGGUGAGCAAACCUGGAUGGCUCAUUCUUCCCAAGAGCAUGACUCUCCCCCUUGGCCAGUUGGUGGAAGGGGCAAAGGUACGUCACCACCCUUGAGAAGGUGAUGUUGGUGAGCUUUAACAUCUUACUCCUAUUCUUAUAUUGAGAACGUGAAACAAGAUGUUUCAAUAGAGGAAUGGGCAGGGACUGUUAGGCUUUUCAGCUUGCCUUCUCCCAUGUAGCAGCUAUGAUAACCCCAAGCCUCUCUGGCCGUUCUUCAUCCUUCUGCCCGAAUUCUGGAGAACAAGACACACUGGCCAUCAACACCACUCACAUUUUCUUGGUGGAAGGAAAGGAACAGAGAAGAACAGAUGAUAUCUCCCUCCAAGGUCAAAUGCCUUGUGAUCUUGGCACAGAGUAGCAGUUGGGCAAUAAGCAUCAGGUAUCUUCCCUCUACAGAUUCUAGAGAACUGGGGCAUUAAAUAUGGGGGACACUUAGAAUACUGCCCCAUUAAUACCACCAAAUAAAGACCUUUGUGUGUGUGUCGGGGGGGGGUCUUUCUCUUAUGAACAUAAAUCUGUGAGCUAAAGUCUCAUUCCCCUGUUCCUCCCUACCCCCAAAGAGGCAUGGAGUCUAGGGGUGUGGGGGGCACAGCUCAGCAACCCAGUGGGAGUUAGCACCCCCUCCCACCUUAUGAUGUGUGUAGACUUGGCCAGUGCCCCUCUGAACAUAUAAUUGUUAGUGUAAUUAUCAUUUACUUUGUGUAUUUGUUACAUUGUGUGUGUGACAGCCUUUGUUAAAGGUGUCUGAGUAGUAUGAAGCUGACGGGCAUUGGAAUGCCGGGAAAGAACUUCUUCAAUUGAGAUCAAGGCUUCCUGGAGGGAACCACUGCAAAAAGGCCAUCAGGCAGUUUUCAAGUUAUGUGACAGAGGGCAAAGAUGGCCAUAGGGUGCUCUGAGUUUUGGGAUGGUCACAUGACAAAAUCCAGCACUUGAACCUGAAAAAAAAAAUAAAAGUGGUCAAAGAGUUUAGAAUUCA